CCUGUCGCAUACCACGCUUGACAUAGGAUUACAUCAAAUUGUAAGCUGACCGUAAACUUCCUCCGAUGGGGCUGUUGAAGCGACCGACCGUCGCCAAGCCUUGCACCUCGAACUCUGCCGCGAAGGCUACCCGACGUCUGCGAUGUCAUCCAAGCUCCAUGUCGAUUAAAGCUAGCGCCAGUCCCUCUUUCCAGGGAUGUGACACGCCUCUAGAUUGGCGGAUAAAGGUGGUUGGGAUGGGCAGCUGCGGAAUCGAUUACCUGGCAUCGGUCGCAGCGUAUCCGAAGCCGGAUGAAAAGCUGCGCACCGAGACACUCGAGACCCAGGGCGGGGGCAACUGCGCCAACGCCCUCACCGCUGCGGCCCGACUGGGCCUGGCGCCCGUUCUGGUGUCAAAGAUCGGCGGAGACGGACUGGGCGACGCCAUCAUCAGUGAGCUGCAAGCGGACGGGGUGGACACGAGCCAUGUGCUGCGCGCCGCGGGGCACCCCUCGCCCUUCACCUACAUCAUCGUGGAUAGGCAGGGCGGCACGCGCACGUGCAUACACACCCCCGGCGCCCCCCUCUCCCCCGCCGAGAUCUCCCCCGCCCUGAUGGAUGCCGUACUUUCGGAUGCCGUACUGGUCUACUUUGACGGACGGCUCACGGAGGCUGCACUGCUGCUGGCGCGGGAGGCGCGCAGGCGGGGAGUGCCGGUGCUGGUGGAGGCUGAGCGGCUGCGUCCCGGUCUGGAGUCGUUGCUGGCGGAGGCCACCUGGGUGGUUACCUCGGAGCACUUCCCGCGCGACUGGACGGGCGAGUCCUGGCACUGUGAUGCGGUGCUGUCCACCUUCCAGCGCCUGCCGCACGUGCGCUGGCUGGUGACCACUCUGGGCUCAAGGGGGGCGCUGAUGCUGGAGCGGAGGAGGGGGAGGGGGAGGGACGGGAGCAGGAGGCCGGGAACAGAGGGGCCAGCAGCAUUACCAUCUCAGCAGCAGCAGCAGCAGGAACCAGAACUACAACAAGCAGCAGGGGAGGGCGCCGAUGACCCAUGGGUCGGCGGUGAUGCGCCUCUGCGUGAAGUAACCCUAGAAGAGCUUGUAGAGCGGGAGUUGCGAGCGCAGGUGGAGGCUGAAGCUGUAGCAGAGGGGGUAACAGUGGGCGAGGGAGGGGGAGAGGGAGAGAUAACAGCAGGAACAGCAGCAGCAGCAGGAGCAGCGGAGCCGGCGGUGGUGUGUGUGAGCAGCUCGGGGGUGCGAAUCGGUGCGGGUCGGGUGGCGACGACGGAGGGCUUCGUGCGGUUGGGGUACGCGGGAAGCAGGGACCCCUCCCGAGCCGCCCAUGCAGCCCACCUAGCCGCAGCUCGAGCAGCCGCCCUCAAUGCGGACUCAGCGGGGGCAGCCAGGUACCUGGCGGGGACUGCAGCAGCAGCAGCAGCAGCGCCCACAAACACUAGCAGCAGCAGCAGCAGCAGUAGUGCUAGCAGCAGCAGUAACAGCGACACAAACGCAACGGCAGCAGCCUCGGAGGGUGCUGCCCCCUCAAUGGCGGGUGCUGCUGGUGGUGAUACGGAGGAGGAGGAGGCGUUGGUGGCUCGGGUGACGCUGGCGUCGAUCGCUCGCAUGCCCAAGUCUGCGGUGGUGGAUACCACGGGUGCGGGCGACUCCUUCAUCGGCUCCAUGUUGUACGGCAUCGCCACCCGCAUGCCCCUGCCUGGCGCGCUGCGGCUGGCGGCGGUGGUGGCGGGCUGCAAGUGUACGGCACUG